GCUCCAAAAUAUAUCACGACCUCUUUACAAAUCGGACACAGCACCCCCGAGAACUUCGACCGGUGCAUAUUGCAACUUGCUCCCUUGGCUCAGACUUUCCAAUGGGAAGGCGUCAUCGUAGACUGCGCCGUCAAAUCCCAAAGCAACCACAUGUGGGUUCUCAUGAAAUGUUGGCCACUGAGAACAAUGAAGAAAAGAAUGCGGCUGAUCAGCUGGCGGAACAGUCCGGCCAAACAUUUUGUUCAUCGUCAGAUCUUGACACAAGUCAUAGUCACAAUUUUAUCGACAAGCCUGUCUUCCAUGGGUUUCACUGCGUUAUCCCUGUUUUUCUCCCUAGCACAAAUCGUCAGCUGCUGGCAUCGCUACUUGCCCUGGAUCGGGGGGAUUCUGUUGUUAUUUCCGGUCCCGUUGGUUGCGGGAAGUCUGCUUUCAUCAACCAUUUACGCUCUAUUGUUUGCACUCGCCUCAUUAGACUGCAAAUAAGCGAACAAACAGAUGCUAAGGUUGGUCUUCAUUUGAUACUUGGUUCUUUGCAUACCGUGCUAGCGUAG